UGCUAUAUUUGAAGAAAAUGAAAAAGUUGUAAAAAGAAUUGAGAAAGAAGGAGAAAAAGCUGCAAUAAUUACGGAAAAAGAAAAAGAAGAAAUUAUUGAAGAAGAUGUAAAAGAACAAAAAAUAGAAACUGAAGAGUCUAUAAAUAACCAUGUUUCUUCCGAUGGUGAAAAUGUAGUUGUAAGAAAUGGUAAUUCACAAAGAGAUAAAGAUCUGAUUGGUGCAUACACAGAAAAGAAUGUUGAACAAGAAUGUGAUGUGUCUGGAACUGCAGAAAAGCCACUGUCUCUGUUAAAUUAUAUUCAAAGUAGUUCAACUAUGGCUGAAAAUAAAGUGGAGCCUCAUGUGACAUCAGACCAACUCUGUGAAAAACCUGAUUUGACCGCAACAGAUAUAUACAGCUCUGAAGAUUCAUCAUCCCGUGCUGGAAAGCACGAAUCCACGUUGCUCUCUAACGAAGAUAAGGUUCUCCCAGACAAAAAGGACAACGUUUCCUCUCAAUCGUUCCCUUCUGCUGCUUCUCUUCCUUCCCAUUCUUCUUACUUUGAAGAGAAACAAUUAGACAAGGAAAAGGAAGAGCCAAAACCAGAAAGUAAUUCGUCAGAUCCAUUAUCUUCGGAAGUUAAAAUGGAUAGUAAGAAUGAUAAUACUGAUAGCUCUGAAAAUAAAAAAGAUAUCUCAGACAGUGUUGCUCCCAAAAUUACACGUCAGCCAGAAUUUUCGAGAUGGGGUGCGUUUCUUCCAAAGCCAUAUUCGAAAACAUCACAACAACCCUUCAAGAAAUUUUCACAAUUUUUUCUGGGUAAAUCGAAGUCAGCAGCGAAGCUUUCGUCAGAUUCAUCGCCGCAGUUACAAUCAACGAGUUCAACAACCACCAAUUCCGCAAUCCCGCCAACUCUUCGCACCGAUUCCUCACUUCCUUUAUUACCCUCGCAAAUUGCAACAUCCUCUCCCAGACACGCUAACCAGCAGUUGCAAUCUCAAGAACAAAUUUCUACACCUUUACACCCUCAGCACACACUAUCUUCGUCUUCCAUACCACAAUCAAAAAUAUCUUCAGUGGAAUUAUCUCCAUCAUUGUCCGCGGCACCGUCCCCACCUCAAGCUGAAAUAAUGACCACAGCAUCCUCUGUGACACUGGAUACAGUACAACUUGAUGCAUUAAAGAAGGAAACAUCUGUGACAUUGCAUGAGGUGCCAUCUGUCACUCCAGAUAAGAAACUGCCGGAGGUACCAUCCAUCACAUUGAGUGAAAAACUACCUGAGGUCCCAUCGGUGACAUUAGAUGAGAAACUGCCUGAGGUACCAUCAGUGACAUUAGAUGAGAAACUGCCUGAGGUACCAUCAGUGACAUUAGAUGAGAAACUGCCUGAGGUACCAUCAGUGACAUUGGAUGAGAAACUGCCUGAGGUACAAUCCGUGACAUUGAAUGAGAAACUGCCUGAGGUACCAUCAGUGACAUUAGAUGAGAAACUUCCUGAGGUACCAUCAGUGACAUUGGAUAAGAAACUGCCUGAGGUACCAUCAGUGACAUUAGAUGAGAAACUGCCUGAGGUACCAUCAGUGACAUUGGAUGAGAAACUGCCUGAGGUACAAUCCGUGACAUUGAAUGAGAAACUGCCUGAGGUACCAUCAGUGACAUUAGAUGAGAAACUUCCUGAUGUACCAUCAGUGACAUUGGAUAAGAAACUGCCUGAGGUACCAUCAGUGACAUUAGAUGAGAAACUGCCUGAGGUACCAUCAGUGACAUUAGAUGAGAAACUGCCUGAGGUACAAUCCGUGACAUUGAGUGAAAAACUUCCCGAGUUGCCAUCUGUGACAUUGGAUGAGAAACUGCCUGAGGUACCAUCAGUGACAUUAGAUGAGAAACUGCCUGAGAUACCAUCGGUGACAUUGAAUGAGAAACUGCCUGAAGUACCAUCAGUGACAUUGGAUGAGAAACUGCCUGAGGUACCAUCAGUGACAUUAGAUGAGAAACUGCCUGAGGUACCAUCAGUGACAUUAGAUGAGAAACUGCCUGAGAUACCAUCAGUGACAUUAGAUGAGAAACUGCCUGAGGUACCAUCAGUGGCAUUGGAUGAGAAACUGCCUGAGGUACAAUCCGUGACAUUGAGUGAAAAACUUCCCGAGUUGCCAUCUGUGACAUUGGAUGAGAAACUGCCUGAGGUACCAUCAGUGACAUUAGAUGAGAAACUGCCUGAGGUACCAUCAGUGACAUUAGAUGAGAAACUCCCUGAGGUACCAUCAGUGACAUUAGAUGAGAAACUGCCUGAGGUACCAUCAGUGACAUUGGAUGAGAAACUGCCUGAGGUACCAUCAGUGACAUUAGAUGAGAAAUUGCCUGAGGUACCAUCAGUGACAUUAGAUGAGAAACUGCCCGAGGUACCAUCAGUGACAUUGGAUGAGAAACUGCCUGAGGUACCAUCAGUGACAUUAGAUGAGAAACUGCCUGAGGUACCAUCAGUGACAUUGGAUAAGAAACUGCCUGAGGUACCAUCAGUGACAUUGGAUGAGAAACUGCCUGAGGUACCAUCAGUGACAUUAGAUGAGAAACUGCCUGAGGUACCAUCAGUGACAUUGGAUGAGAAACUGCCUGAGGUACAAUCCGUGACAUUGAGUGAAAAACUUCCCGAGUUGCCAUCUGUGACAUUGGAUGAGAAACUGCCUGAGGUACCAUCAGAGUCAUUAGAUGAGAAACUGCCUGAGGUACCAUCAGUGACAUUGAAUGAGAAACUGCCUGAGGUACCAUCAGUGACAUUAGAUGAGAAACUGCCUGAGGUACCAUCAGUGACAUUAGAUGAGAAACUGCCUGAGGUACCAUCAGUGACAUUAGAUGAGAAACUGCCUGAGGUACCAUCAGUGACAUUAGAUGAGAAACUGCCGGAGGUACCAUCAGUGACAUUAGAUGAGAAACUGCCUGAGGUACCAUCAGUGACAUUAGAUGAGAAACUGCCUGAGGUACCAUCAGUGACAUUGAAUGAGAAACUGCCUGAGGUACCAUCAGUGACAUUAGAUGAGAAACUGCCUGAGGUACCAUCAGUGCCAUUAGAUGAGAAACUGCCUGAGGUACCAUCAGUGACAUUAGAUGAGAAACUGCCUGAGGUACCCACAGUGUCAUUAGAUGAGAAACUGCCUGAGGUACCAUCAGUGACAUUAGAUGAGAAACUGCCUGAGGUACCAUCAGUGACAUUGGAUGAGAAACUGCCUGAGGUACAAUCAGUGACAUUAGAUGAGAAGCUCCCUGAGAUACCAUCAGUGACACUGGGAGAUAAACUCCCUGAGGUGCCAUCUGUGAUAUUAGAUGAAAAGUUGCCUGAGGUAGUAUCUGUGACACUGGAUGAGAAAAUGCCGGAGGUACCAUCUAUGCCAUUGGAAAACAAGCAGAUCGAGGUACCAUCUGUACCACAGUCUUAUUCACAAUCUGAGGUACAGGCUAAGGAAUUGACUGUGCUUCAAUUUAAUGCAUUGCUUGAGUCUACCUCUUUAAACCCAGUUGAGGAACUAUCUGUAAGACCAACUGUUGCUGUGUCUGAAGCGCAAUCUCUAAAAUUAAGUGAGGUACCGCCCCUAGUACCAACACCGGAACCGUCUUUGGCACCAUCAGUGACACAAUCUGUGGAAUCAUCUCUGGACUUAUCUCCUGAAGUGUCUGUAGAAUCAUCCAUAACGGUAUCUGAGGUUUCCUCCCUUAAUUCGUCUGCUACUUUUCCUCUCUCACAAUCACCUUCUACACAAACUUUGCACUCAUUGCCACCGACACCACCUGGAACGAUGUCGCCGAUGCAGCCUGAAACAGAAAUACCUCUGCUAACACAACCGUCGACAUCCCCGACAACUUCCCGUUUCUUUUUUUCGUCACCAUCGACAGAGACUUCCUCUUCCCCCACCUCGUCUCUAACCACGCUGUCGUCACAUUCUCGUGCAACGCCACCGACAGCGAGUGUUGAAGGAGAUAGCAGCAGUGUGAACGGAAAUUUUACAAUUAUAUACCAAGAUGCUAACCACGUAGUCCAGCACCUAAGCGACGACAUGUACAAGACAAUGAAACAGAGCAUCAAACGAGGCCGUGUGAAGGAACUGCAGAAGAUAUUUUCUGCAUACAUAUAUGACAAAGAUGACUUGCAUCAAAAUAAAGCCCACUAUAUAAAUGGCGGAGAAAUAUCAGAUACUUCUUGGGCACAUACAAUCGGAACGAAACCAAUAGGAUAUAAACCAGUAGAAAGUAAUUUGAAUCAGAUACUUCGUGUACAAAACAAGCAAAACGAAGUACAACGAGAAGAAAAAGAACUGAAAACAGGGGAAGAAAAGAAAGAACUACUCAAUUAUGAACUGGAGCAAAAACAGCAAAUAGAGAUAACAGAAAAUACUUUCAUCAACGCAGAUGUGGCCUCCGUUCCCCUCUAUUCUACUCCAGACAAUGCUAUGCAAAGUGGAGACACUAUUUAUAAAACAGAGCCAAAUAUACUGACAAAUAUAUCGGACACAUCAUUUAAUACGUCCGAAGCUGAGGAAGUGGGGCUGGUUUCUGAACGUCUCAUUAACGUCGAGCAACAACAAACAGAAGAGUCUCUAUCGCUACCGUCGACUGGUUUUCAAACUACGAUCACAUCAGAUAUAAUGUAUCCUGAGCAGCAAUGUAGAUUGGAAUCGAUGUCUAAAAUUAACGACAACAUCCGGAACGAAAGCGACGAGAAUAGCAGUUACGAAAUAAUUAAUACGAUCACCAACAACGACAACAGUAAUAUCGACAUUAAAAGCAACAACGACAAUGAUCUCUACAGCAACAACAACGAUAUAAAAGGUGUCAUUGAAACAAAAACGGAUAAUUAUGUUCGCGGAGAAGAUAUGACAGAAGAGGUGCUUGUUGUUGAGGUGAAUAGAAAGGUGGAAACUAUCAACGACAGUAAUGUCGUUAACGAACAAAACAGUAGCCAGAUCAACAAUAUACAUGGCGACGACGACGACGACGAUAACAACAAUAACAACAUCACCUUGGGGACGUUUUCCACAGAUGAGGGGAAAACUGAAUCACUGUUGUACUCAAGAAAUAUUUCAGAGUCAACGGUGACCGACCAGGAGUACAGCAAUGGAAUUAGAACCAGUGGAAAUGAAGAAUUCAUAGUAAAAGAUAUUCCAUCAGAAACAUCAGGCGAAUCCGAAAUCGUAGAACAACAAAUAGAAAACCAGAUAACCAAUAAAAUUGAUGCCAAUACAGAGCUUGAAGUUGAAGCUGAAGUAGGGAACGAGCUUAGUGAGACGUCUGUAAAGCCAAUUAGAAAAGAAGAAACCGAACAGUCUGGUAGAGAGGAUGCCGAGAUCAGAAAAAAAGAUUUACCACAAAGCCCAGAAAAAGUUCAUAACAAAACCAAUAUACAAGAAUUGUCGAUUUUCGACAUUUCAAAAACUGUCAGAAAACACAAAGUAAGAAAACUUGCAAGGAUCUGGCCGCCAACAAGAUAUGCGGAUGAUGAAGCAGAUACAUAUCUUAAUUUUCAACCUUGGAAGAAAGAAAAUGACAUGAAUUCAGAGAAAGAGAAUCAAAAUGCUGGUGGAAAUGUGGAAGACAAUGAAACUAACUUGUUGAACGGUACUCAGACACACAUCCUAGAAGAUACCGCAACUGUGAUUGAGAAAUACAGACCAACAGCUCAAGAAAGACUCAGAAUUGUUAACAAACAUAUUGGAGAAAGAACAGUUGGUGUAACUAAAGGACUCCUGCCCUCACCUGACAGUAAAGUUGUACAUGAGACCGUGGAAGUUAGCCCACCCACAGACACACAAGAAACUCUCCCUUCAGUAAACAAAGAAAUUGUAUAUGAGACUAUAGAAGAUAGCCCGCCAACAGUAGCACAAGAAACCUCUGACAGAGAGAUACAUGAGACUGUGGAAGUUAGCCCAUCGACAGAUUUGACAAACUUUGCUGAAAUUUCAUCAGUCAAGGAAGCCGAAGAAUGUUUAGAAACCUUGCCUGCAAUGAAAAGUGAAACUAUAAUGAAAGCUUGUGAUGAACCCCUCUUUAAAAAAACAGAAGAAUCUAUCACUUUCUUGAAGAAAGAAGAUGCUGAUGAUGUUAAAGAAAUUACUUCUGCUACAAAAGAUGAAGAAAAUUUUGUCCCAGAUAAGCGCGUUGCUGACGUGCACUCAUUGAAUGACUCUGAAAUAACUGGCAAAAUUAUUAAGACUGAGCAAUCACGUAGACCCAGUGUUCAAGAAAGACUCAGGAUUGUAAACAGCCGGAUUACUCAGAUAAGAAAUAAUAUUCCGGCUCAACAAACAGAAGAAAUUAUCCUUAAAACAAAUGAGAUUGCUCCUGAUACAAAGGUCCCUGAGACAACUGAUUCUGUAACCAGUAAUACUGCACACGGUCUUCAUGAGGUAACCCCACUAAUUCAGUCACAAGGAUUCAGUACCCUGAACACUGAAGUUGCACACAAGUCCGCGGAAGUUAGCCCACCAUUAAACACACAAGAAUCUAUUCUUUCAGUAAGCAAAGAAGUUGUACAGGAUUCUGUAGAAGCUAGCCUUCCAACCGUCACACAAGAAGCUGUCUCUUCAGUGGACAGUGAAGUCGUACAUGAAGUUGUGGAAGUUAGUCUUCCAACCGUCACACAAGAAGCUCUCCCUUCAGUGGACAGUGAAGUCGUACAUGAAGUUGUGGAAGUUAGCCUUCCAACCGUCACACAAGAAGCUCUCCCUUCAGUGGACAGUGAAGUCGUAGAUGAAACUGUGGAAGUUAGCCUACCAACCAUCACACAAGAAACUUUUCCUCCAGUGGACAGCGAAGUCGUACAUGAAAUUGUAGAAGUUAGCCCACCAACCGUCACACAAGAAACGCUCUCUUCAGUGGACAGUGGAAUCGUACAUGAAGUUGUGGAAGUCAGCCUACCAACCAUCACACAAGAAGCACUUCCUCCAGUGGACAGUGAAGUGGCAUAUGAAGCUGUGGAAAUUAGCCCACCAACCGUCACACAAGAGACUAUCCAUUCAGUGGACAGCGAAGUCGUACAUGAAAUUGUGGAAGUUAGCCUACCAACCGUCAUUCAAGAACCUGUCCAUUCAGUGGACAGUGAAGUCACACAUCAAAUUGUGGAAGUUAGCCUACCAACCGUCUCACAAGAGGCUGUCCCUUCAGUGGGCAGUGAAGUCGUAGAUGAAACUGUGGAAGUCAGCCUUCCAACCGUCACACAAGAAGCUCUCCCUUCAGUGGACAGAGAAGUCGUACAUGAAAUUGUGGAAGUUAGCCUACCAACCGUCUCACAAGAGGCUGUCCCUUCAGUGGGCAGUGAAGUCGUAGAUGAAACUGUGGAAGUCAGCCUUCCAACCGUCACACAAGAAGCUGUCCCUUCAGUGGACAGCGAAGUCGUACAUGAAAUUGUGGAAGUUAGCCUACCAACCGUCUCACAAGAGGCUGUCCCUUCAGUGGACAGUGAAGUCGUAGAUGAAACUGUGGAAGUCAGCCUUCCAACCGUCACACAAGAAGCUGUCCCUUCAGUGGACAGCGAAGUCGUACAUGAAAUUGUGGAAGUUAUCCUACCAACUGUCUCACAAGAGGCUGUCCCUUCAGUGGGCAGUGAAGUCGUAGAUGAAACUGUGGAAGUUAGCCUUCCAGCCGUCACACAAGAGGCUGUACCUUCAGUGGACAGCGAAGUCGUACAUGAAGUUGUGGAAGUUAGCCCCCCAAUCGUCUCACAAGAGGCUAUCCCUUCAGUGGACAGCGAAGUCGUACAGGAAGUUGUGGAAGUCAGCCUACCAGCCGUCAUUCAAGAACCUGUCCAUUCAGUGGACAGUGAAGUCACACAUCAAAUUGUGGAAGUUAGCUUACCAACCGUCUCACAAGAGGCUGUCCCUUCAGUGGACAGUGAAGUCGUACAUGAAGUUGUGGAAGUUAGCCUUCCAACCGCCACACAAGAAGCUCUCCCUUCAGGGGAAAACGAAGUCGUAGGUGAGACUGUGGAAGUUAGCCUAUCAACCGUCACAAAAGAAACGCCUCCUUCACUAGAUCAAGUAGUAGGUGAAGAUUUCGAAGUUACCCCUAUAAGCUAUGAAGUUGCCCCUUCUUCGGUAACAAGUGAAAAUAUACAAGUUAUUUCGGAAAUGAACCCACCUGUGGAUAUUCCAUCUGAUUUUGAAGUACAACCUGUUGUUAUCCCUGGCAAUGAUGAGGUUUUAAUAGAAAAAGAAGAAGGGCUUCAUGCUUCAUCGGCGAUGAAUACUGAGCAAGUUGAACGUGUGAAUGUGGAAGAGGAUACGAUAAGCCUUGCAGAGAGUAUUUCUGAUACAAUACCUGAUAAAUUCGAGAGCAUAAUGGCGUACGUUUUGCAAAGGGAAAACAGUCAAGGAAGUAACGAGAUAAUAAGCGACCAUGCAGAAUUACCAGAAUGCUACAAGCAAGGUUCGCUUCUCUCCAUUUCGAACGAAGAAAAGCAAAUACUCAAAGCAAAUCAACCACCCACUGCCAGUGCAGUGGAAAGCGAUGCUCCAGAGGCGAAGAGAGAAACUGACGAUCUGGAUGAUGUAAGAGAUGAAAUUGAAAUCGUCUACAGUGUAAAAACAGAAGAUAUCAACGAAUUUAAGGGAGAAAUGGAAACUGUGACUGGAAUGGGAGUUACGAGUGGGGAAACACUGGAAGAAAUUAAUGCGAAUGAAAAUACAAGUGGAAAAAUAGACCUCCCUGUCGGAGAAAUAGAGCGUGACAUAGACGAUGAAGAAAAGAAAGAAGGACAAGAAAAAGAAGAAAAAGAGAGUGAAGAGUUGGUAGUGAUAGGGUCAACUGAUGUCGUCGUGGUAGCAGGAGAGAAAGAAGAAGAAAGAGAAGAGGAGUCGUUAGAGAAGGAGGAAAGCCAGAUAGAAAAGGUCGAAGCAGAAGAGGCAAUGGUAAUGUUGUCAGAGGAAAAACAGAAAGAAGACGAGAAGGGCAAAGAAAUUGUGAUUUCAGAAAAUCUACCGAUUGAUAAUGAAAACACAUUGAGUUCAGUUUCUAUGCUUGAAGUAAACAAGUUAGGGGAAAGAGAGGAAAACCUUUUAACAAAGAAAGGCGUGUCAAAAGUAACAAUACCUUCUUCAGAAGCGCUCCUUCAUUUGUUCAGUCAUGUGCUUCUGUUGACACCAAUGAAAAAGAAGCAAUAAAAGACAUAGCAACGGACGUUACACCGAUAACUACAACAAUAGCAACAACAACAACAACCACUACGACAGUAAUCGCAACAGCUACAACAGAUUUGACUCAGAAAGUGUUAAAAAAGUCGGACGAAACAGGAGUGGUGGUGGGAGAAGAAAUUACUUUAGUUGAAGCAGAAGAUAAUAUUGUGCCGACAAUCGCCAGUGAAAUACAUUCAACUCCAACUAGUGUUGAAAACAUACAAACUGUCGUGGUUAGUGGGACAUAUUUAGGAGACGGUGUUGGUAAUAAA